UAGGAUUAGUGUUAAUUGGAGCUAAUUGAAAAUUUCUUGCUUUAUCAUAUGAAUAUACGAUUCGUACGAGACAAGUACGGCAGCCCCGAAAUAAAUUCGAUAUUUUGUUACCUCAUAUCUGCCCAUAUCUCAUCGCUCUGUUGGUACUGUAACCUACAGUUAUAAGUCGGAAAACCAUAGUCUAUACUGGAGCACAGAGGCCCCGGAGCAGAAUCUCAUCGCUCUUGUCGAUCUACGUCAUCUACGAUCUAACCAUCUGACACUACCGAUACAUUCCAAACAAUACAAACAAUGCGAUAGAAUUAUCAAGCAACACUGUUCGCUCGUCGUUCGUGUAAUAUCGACAAUUUAGCCAGAGAAUCUAGCGUAGUGACAAGGAGAAUGGCAGCCAUACAUCGAGAAGCAAUACAAAAACAGAUUCAACAAGACUGGGCUAAUCGCGAAUACAUAGAAGUUAUCACCGGCAGUAUUAAAAAGAUUACGGACUUUCUUAAUUCUUUCGAUAUGUCUUGUAGGUCAAGAAUAGCAGUCCUCAACGAGAAGCUUACAACUCUUGAACGAAGAAUAGAAUAUCUCGAAGCAUGCGUUACAAAGGGUGAAACGCUGACGUAAUACUUCCACGCACAAUACAUUCUUUUUACAAUCCUUUUUAUUUCCUGUACUAGA